AUGCUUCCUUUUCCCAUAAACGCUGGCGGGUAUGUUAACCUACUAGCUUCCCAAACCAGUGAAAACACCCACGUAGAGUCUCCCCCCGUCCCUAAACCACUGGAAAGGAGGAAGUGGUCACCAAAGGAAGACAUCGUGCUGAUCAGUGCAUGGUUGAACACCAGCAAGGAUCCGAUUGUCAGCACCGACCAGAAGUGUAAGCAGAGGUGGGGGAGAUUGAACGAGCAAGUCUGCAGGUUUGUGGGAUGUCAUGAGGCCGCGUUGAAGGAGCAAGCAAGUGGCCAAAACGAAAAUGAUGUCAUGAAGGCUGCUCAUGACAUCUUCUUAAAUGACUACGGGUCCAAGUUCGGGCUUGAACAUGCGUGGAGGGAACUUCGGUAUGAUCAGAAGUGGAAAUCAAACUCCAAAGAUGGUGCAAAGGACAAAAGGAAGGAAGCUGCGGAGGUGGAACCUGAGUUCGAAGAGGUUAGGCCUCCUGGUGUUAAAGCAGCCAAACGCAAGAAGCGUGGCAAUGAAGCUUAUGAUCAGUUACAGACAAUGCUAGGGGUGAAAGAUGCCAUAUCGAAACGGAGACUCCUUGAGCGUCUCCUUGCAAGAAAAGAUCCACUUUCUGAUACAGAAAUGGUUCUGAAGGACAAACUCGUUUCUGAAUUGGUUGUCACGGGCUUCUCAACUGGCUUCUACCUAUCAACUGUCUUCUCAACUGGCUUCUCUACUGCCUUUGUUUAA